GCUCAUUGCAUUGUACUCUACCCCCAACUUCCCGUCUGCAUGACGAUUCACUCCUAUUGGAACCCAAGUUGCCUCCCACACCUUCAAGUUCUACCCCCCCAAUUCAUCCGUCAUUCCACCGCUUAACGUUCAAUCAUACAUCCUCCAGUGUCCUCUAAACUUUUGAUCCCUAAGCCGCGGUGGAGUCUGAUGCUCCUGCGAAACUCCUACACUAUCGUUUCAUAUUCACCUUAUUUUUACUUCAUCACCGGCCAUUUCUGCCGUAAAGACUCCUUUCUGUUCUCGGCUGAUUGCGUUUCCAACUUGUCGCACUUCCAGUUGUUCGUCUAGAGACAUCUUCAACCGCAUUAACCCCCCUAAGUCUUGAAACCGCGAGCAUCCUUGGGUGAUUUCUCCUCCUUUUUACUUACUCCUUCCCGAGCAGAAGAAAAUGACGACUCCGACUUUGAUCAACCUCCCACCCCCUCCCUCUGAUCCAGUGACCCCGUCAGAUAUGGGACCUGGAACCCCAAAUUCUGGCACAACAUCGCUCUCAGCUUUGUCAACCACCGCCAUCAAAGACGGCCAUACAGGCCAUCCACUGCCACAUGGUCGCCAUGCCCACCACGCAUCUUCUGCAUCAACGAAUUCUACCACAACUCUGGAGGCAGAGCGGGCCGACCGCAUUUCGCGUCUGGCGGGGCUGGAACGGGUGGUAGCCGCCCGGACUAGUGGAGGGUCACAGUCGAACACCACAGUUCCGAUGUCGCAUACCCCAGGCUAUUUUGAUACCAGCUCCACAUUGAAGGAGAGAAGCACCGUGGGUAGCGCCAGCGCUACGGGCAGCGUGGGCGCUCGUACAACAUGGGCGAGCGGCAGUGAUGCGUUUGACGCCGACAAGAUGAGCGAGGAGCCGGACGAUGGAACUUCUAGCGUUGGUGAUCUCAGUGAUGAAGGCGACGCUAGCCUCGUCGGGUUUGGAGAGGGUGCUAGCACUAUCAGCGGGCCGAUUUCACAUCCAAAUCUGAACCGGACAUCAUCGGCAGGUCGGCCAAGUUCUUUAGGUAGCCCUAGUAUUACCCGCGCCAAUUUAAUGCCUUCAACAUCAUCUCAACACUCCGGUGAUGGCGGAAUGAUACCAGUGGCAUUGUCGCCAACUGGAUCAACCACACCCGAACCAGUGCAGGACGCUCGAAUGGUCGAUGGGAUGACUUAUGACCCGGAUGUGGUUGAUACCACUGUGAGAACUCCUCGGCUUGCCACUCCUCUAGGUCGAGAUGAUUCUAGUAACCUUUAGGGAGAUAGGAGUUCGGGCUUAUUGUAGGGAAAAUCAAUGAAACGAUAAAUGGGCGUUUCUCAACAGCGUCAGUUUUUUUUUUUUGUCUCUCUUUCCUUCUCUCAUCUUGUUUUGACUCAUAUUUUCGUUUCUCUGUCCUUUUUCUUUUUUUCUCUGGCAUUGUAUAAGUAUGAAAAUGAAACGUUCAGUUUUAUCAUUCUCACCCCCCCUCCGAUUUCUCCAGUCAUAUCCAAUAAUUUCGGAAGGUGUGUUCCAUACUCCAGAAGCUGCAGGUUAUUGAAUAGGCCUCUUUCUGUGCUAUUGAGAGGCUUAUGGCGUUUAUUAAAUAAACUUUGAGAUUGGUCGCCACAUUAGAGUAGUGAAGAUUACCUAGUAGUAUGCACAACCGGCGAAGUUGUCUAGCGAAUACACUCCGUAGAGAGGGUCAAAUUCAUUGAUCUUGGCCAAAGAAUACCAGGUAAAGAUAUAGAAUCUAAAUCGCAUUUUAGCUCGCUGUUAGCGGGUUUCAAUUGGCGCUUUGAGCUUCUCU